AUGAAGUUCCAGUUCAUCGACAAUGACUCUGCCAAUAAAGCAGGCUCCCGCAAGGCCAUACGAAGUCAUGUCAUGAAGGGCAAGAAUCUUGGUCGUACAAUACAAGGCCGCGGGAGGAGGCAUGCUGCACCCCAUUUGAAUAACUUAUACAAGGGGACAGACCUAUCGAAGAAGUAUGUAAGCAUAGAACAAGGAACGAAGGGUCUUGAUGGUACUGUCGACAGCGAUGACAAGGCCUUGUUGUUUCAAGAGAUCACAGACACGAACACCCCAUAUCCUAUCAACAACCCAUACGCAGGAAAGGAGUAUACGUACUUCUUAUUCCCAGUUCAAUUCACUCCAUCAAUGCGAUACUAUGUCUACGAAUUUCAUACGGCGAUCUGCAACAUCAUAUACCCAUACGCCUUUUGCCGUCCUACAGACGAGAUUGGAUCACCAUGGUUCAGGUACAUGGUAUUAGACCAAGCUUGCCUGCACUGUCUUCUCGCAAUGGCAGCAACAUAUCUCAACGUCCUCCGCAACGUCCCAACCCCCAGCCUCGAAAGCACCGAAGCAACCCGUCACUUCUCGCAAGCCCUUCGCCUCAUGAACCCGCGCCUCUCCCAACCAUCCGCCGCACAAAAAGACUCCAACAUCGCCAUAAUAAUCUCCCUCGCAAUCCACUCAAACAUAACUCAAAACCUCACCGCCAGCACCAUGCACCUUCAAGGCCUUGAGAACCUCCUCACUUUCCGGCCCGGCGGCAUCUCCGAUAUACGCGAGUGCAACCGCGCACUACUCCACAAGAUCUGCCGCACCGACAUCGAACUCGCCGUCGCGCAGGGCACACACACACGCUUCGGUAACUCGGGGCUCACAGCAGCAGCGGCAGGACCGAUAUCUGCUCGAAAUCUACCGUAUCCGCUGAACCAGAUGAGUGAAUUGCUGCAGCAGGUCACACGUGAGCUGCUGGCGCUGUGCCGAAGACCCGGAAAGGCGAAGAUGUCGGGUCUGCAGUACCAGGAUGUGCUUAUCUCGAUGUGGCAGCGACUCGUUGACUUUGCGCCACUGGGUGGUACGAGGCCACAAGAUCUAAUGGAUGAUGUGUGGCAGCUGGCCUUAUUGGCGUUCUUGGUUACCGUCACAUGGUCUGCGAGUUAUCUCAAGAAUGUACGCUGUAAGCUCUUGCACAAGCUGCUUAGGGAGCAUGUUGGGAGUCGUGUACUACUGGCGCGAGGGGAUGAGUAUCGGCCUCUGCGGUUCUGGAUAGUGUUUGUGUAUGGGCUUUCAUUGACGACUGGGGAUUGCGAUGCACCUGUCAUGGAGGAAAUCCGGGAGGCUUCAAAUCUAUUGGAGAUAAGAACAUGGGAGGACGUGAAGGCCAAAGUGAAGCCGUUUCCGUGGAUCGGCAUUGUCCAUGAUGUUCCUGGAAGGGCUUUAUGGGAAGCGGCUGUGACCACUAUUCCGCCUCAGCCGUAG